CCGGUGUCGCCGUUGCUGGCGCUGUGUAUGGAUAUGAACGCAGGAGAGCUAUUCAAGAUACCUUAUUACUUUGUUGUUCCGGCCCUUGCCCGCCGAGGCUGCCCAUCCUCCGCGCCCCUUCCGUGCUUGCUCUUACUCCCUGUUCCCUGACCCUCCCCGUGUCCGUAUUUCCCCUACUUACCCGGUGAGAAUGCACCCGUUGUUCGUGAUUCUCCUUGACGCUGUGCGCUUCUGCUUCAUCUUCUCGUGGACGUCGCUAGUCGUGUCUUCUCGCCCACACGAGUGCUGUGAGCCUCCGAUAUGCCACAGGUCAAAUGUUCAGCGAAUCGUGGCUGUGACAAUGCUACCCUGUGGUUCUGGAUGCGGUUGACCGGUCGGGUGUUUAUAUGAACUCUGCUUUGUUUCAACCCAAGUUAUUUCGUUGUGCAUUCCUCGUUCCUAUCAGUACAUUGUUUUUGUGUUUAUUGUUCUUGUUCAAGUCCAUACGUUGAUGUCUUUUGCAUGCUUGCUCGCUUAUAGAUGACAUACGUUCUCGUCCUCAUCUUGCAAGUACAUUCGGUGCCAAGUAUG